AUGAUUUUUGUACAUAAUGAUAAAGCAUGUCCGCUUUAUACUUCUCAGGUUCAGGUAACUCUGGAAAAUUCUGAAGAUUUCAAAACUUUAGACUGUGAAAGAUGUGAAUAUUCCAGCUGCAUCUGUGGUGGUAAAACCAAAACAUUCUUCUGGAGUAUAAUCCCAGUAUCCAUUGGGGAGGUGAACUUCACUAUUACUGCUGAAGCAGUACAAACUAAUGAGCUCUGUGAUAAUGAAAUUGUAAUUGUGCCAACAAGAAACAGAAAAGACACAGUGAUCAAACCCCUUCGGGUAGAGCCUGAAGGUACUAAGUUGGAAAUGGCAAAUACUUUCUUCUUGUGUCCUAAUGAUUCCACCUUAAUGGAAAACAUUUUGGUGCAGCUUCCCCAGGAAGUAGUCAAAGGAUCUGCAUCGGCCCACAUUUCUGUGGUCGGUGACAUAAUGGGGACUGCACUGCAGAACUUGGACAAUCUACUUGCCAUGCCUUAUGGGUGUGGAGAACCGAACAUGGUGCUGUUUGCUCCAAACAUCUUUAUCUUGCAGUAUUUGGAAAAAACUGGUCAGCUAACUCCAGCAAUCAAGGAAAAGGCCAUUCACUUUCUGAAAAGUGGGUACCAAACAGAACUAACUUAUAAGCACCCAGACGGUUCCUACAGUGCAUGUGGCAAUAGUGACUCAUCAGGCAACACCUGGCUUACGGCAUUCGUCUUCAAGUCAUUUGGGCAGGCUACACCUUAUAUCUUUAUUGAUGAUCAUCAUAUGCAACAGACAGUAAACUGGCUUAAAAACAUCCAGUUACGAAACGGAUGCUAUCGAAGUGUAGGAAAACUCGUGCAUAGCUCAAUGAAGGGUGGAGUUGAUAAUGAUAUCUCUUUAUCUGCAUAUAUUGUUGCUGCACUUCUGGAAGUACCAAAAUAUGCUCCUAGAAGUACAGUAUUCCGAUGUCUGCGCUUCUUGGAGAGAGCUGCUCCAAAGGUAACCAACCCCUACACUCUUGCGUUGAUGGCCUAUACUUACUCACUUGCUGGAAAUAGGAAGACACGGAAUCAUCUGCUCAGACAUUUGCAUUCAAUAGCCAUUGAGAAAGGUAAUUUUUCUUUAAUUAUUAAUUUUAUAAUCUUCAAAUCACCUACAGCCACUAACUAUCCUAAUAUUCCUGCCCCUAAUGCAAUUGCUGUAGGAAAGCAUUUCUCAUAA